AUGAGGUUAUGUAAGAAGGGGAAGCUCAGUACUCGGUAUAUUGGUCCUUAUAGAAUUUCUAAGAGGAUUGGCAAAGUAGCUUAUGGAUUGGAGCUACCACAGGAUUUAGCAACGGUCCAGAAGACAUUUCAAGUCUCCAUGUUGAAGAAGCGCAUGGAUGAUCCUUCAUUGAUUGUACCAACUGAAGAUAUUGGGAUCAACAAUAGCUUAUCAUAUGAAAAGAUUCCUGUUCAGAUUCUAGAUUGCCAAGUUUGCAAGUUUAGGACUAAGGAAGUAACAUCAGUAAAAGUCUGUUGGAGGAAAAAAUUUGUUGUGGUAGAUACUUGGGAACAUGUGGAGGAUAUGAAAAAGAGAUAUCCACAUCUAUUUGAAUCUGGAGAAAAUGCAGACCAAGGUGUUUGA